AUGUUUGCAGGCUGGUGGCUGCUGGCGCUGUUCGGCGCCUGCUCGGCGGCCGUCCACGCCGCGACCGGCGGCAGCGGCCUCACGCUGACCCCGGCGCAGGUGCUGUUGCCCUCCACGUCCUACUACGUGGACGCGGGCGCGCGCGAGCCGCUGAAGGUCCACGUUCAGGUGCUGCUGCGCGUGGAGCCCCGGGUAUGUGUGAACUGGGAGGUGCAGAAUCCCGAGCUGCUGCGCCUGUUCCCGCCGAAUAACGAGGAGAACUACAUCGAGUACUCGAUAGUGCCGCUCUCGAGCUUCGGGGAGGGGUGCUCCAGCAGCAUCUGGGCCGCCUCGCUCCCCUCGGCGCUCCGGGCGCAGAGCUCGGAAUCCGGCGCGCCUCUGAGGAGCUGGGUCUUCGCCUACGAGGCGUCCACGAAGACGCGGGCGGGCGCGGAGGUAGUGAUAUCGCCCAUGCGUUCGAUUCAGUUCGAGACCCGCAACCGGCGCAUCUCGGUGAACCAGGUGGCGACGCUGAAGAUUGUAGGCCACGACGAGUUCGCCAACACGUUCACGUCGUUGGAGGGGAUCCCGUUCGAGGCACAGAUCGAGGACCCGCGCAUCAUGGAGAUCAUAGACCUGCGCCACGACCCGGAGGUGGCCACUCGCGCCCGCGUCUCGCUGCUGGACAAGCGCGACCGCUUCGCCGUAUCGCAGGGGUCCACGCUGACGUCGGACGUCAUUGUGCUGCAGGGGCGCACGGUGGGCAGGACGCGCAUAUCCGUGCGGGUCAUGCUGCCGGAGUACCGGGAAAUCGUUCUGAAGGACGUCGAGUUCACCGUCUCCGACUCGAUCGACCUUGAGCCCGGCCGGCUGGUGCUGCCGCCCGGCGCGCAGUUCAAGUUCUGCGUGCAGAAGAUCAAGCCCCAGUCGCAGAUAGAUGAUACGUGGGACCCCACGGUGGACCUGACCAAUUAUCAGUGGUCGGUCGCAGGCGGCGCCGGGCAGCUGGUGAAGCCGGACGGCACGCUGACCACCGGCAAGGCCGGCGGCGUUGACUUCCGCGUUAUCCUGACCGACAGGCGCAACUCGGAAACAUUCGUGAGUGAUAUCAGCGUGCGCGUGCCGCAGAGCCUGGGGCUCUCGUACGGAGGGCUGCAGCAGAUGUUGGAUUGCUACGCCACCAAGGGUGUGGACAUCGCCGAUACGUCCAACCUGCCGCACAACAGCCUGCUGGCGCAGCUGCAGCAGCAGGUGUAUGCGGGCUGCCGCGGCGGCAUGCGCUGCGGCCUUCGUUACCUGGCCGCGGCGGCGGGGGCCACUCCGCCGGCCUACCUGCUGCUGGGCCGCAGCUACGUGUUCGACGUCGGGAUGCGCGACAAGGACGACACCGCCAUUUACGUGGCGGAGGGGUACUCCUUCAGCUGGAGGGUCGAAAAUGCGGCAAUUGUGGGCGUGACGCGCUCCCCCAACGGCCGCUUCGUCGUGAUCACCGCCCUUGCCGAGGGCGUGACAAAGGUUGCCGUGGAGCUCGCGGCCCCCAGGGUCAGCAUCGAAUUCACAGUGUCGGUGACGGACCCCGUGCACCUGCUCGGGUUUCCCGUGGAGACCAUCGACGUGCCCAACCAGCAGGGGCUGCAGCAGGUGCCCCGGUCGGAGCCGCUCGUGGGCAGCACCAGACCGCUGGUCGUCCCCCUCAACGAGAACGCCAAGCUGGUGGCACGCGGAGGAUCAGGCGAGUAUCUCUGGCAUGUGGAUGAUAUCGGCAUGUGUUCCACCAAGCAGGGAGUUUUGCGCUGCAAAGCGUACGGAUCCACGGUGCUAACGGUGUCGGACCGCUUGAACCCGGAGAACGUGUUCAAGGUGCAAGUGGUCGUCCAGCGUAUGAAGCGCCUGGAGCUGUUGCCGGCGCAGGUCCACGUGGAAGUGGGCGCAACAGCGCAGUUUCGCCUCUCCGCAUUUGCAGACUUGGCGGACUUGGCCCCCGUCUUCUCGAAGAGCUGGGGCACCGCAUCAGGUGAGGUUGGGCGCUUCUACAGUUGCAUGCCGCUCACGUACCAGGUUGAGUCGGCCGCCAAUGCGAAGCUGAACUGCCGCGUGGAGCACGACAGGUUCAUGUUGGACCUGACCAAGGUGACGGAGGAGCCGUUCAGCUGCGGGGUGUUUGCGUACCGCACGCUCCACCCCGGGGAGUCCGAGGUCUCGGUGUCGCUGCUGCACGAGGAAUCGAUGGUCAUGACGGAGCUGACUGCGAGUGCCAAAGCGCUGAUCUAUGACCGGUUGUCGCUAUCCGUCCACCCGGAGUACAGCCAGUUCCCCUUGAAGACGCCACCUCAGCCCUUUAUGAACGUGUCGCAGGCCAUGGCGGACCAGUCCGUGUUUGCGAACGUGCCCAUCGGCGGCAAGGUGCGACUGGUGGUGCGCGGCGGCCCUCCGAUGCUGGCGAACGGUUUGGUGGUGUCCACGUGCAACCGGAGCAGCGCCCAUUUGUACGUCGAUAAGGUGGAUAAUGCCAGGGAGGGCAUUGUGAGUGGGCGCACGAUGUUCGACGUUUACUGUGUGGCCGAGACAGCUGGCGACAAGGUGUGCGUCCGCGUCGACGGCGUGCUCCGCAAUGAGUACACCAUCAGUUGCCGACUCCCCUCGUACGUCGAGAUACACCCGCUCGUAUCGGCCAACAACCAAACGGUGCGCGACAACCUGCUGCACUGCAGCGGCUACCCGGCCAACUGGGAGGAUGGCGAUGCAGUGCCAACUGGUGUCUUCAGCAGCGGCUCCAACCUGUGCUACAAGGACGAGUCGAAAACGAAGUGGCAGAUAAAGACUAAUGCCGACGCCAUGCACGCGUUCCGUGCCGUAGUGUUCGACGCUUUCGGAACGCCGCUUUGCCCCAGCCACAGCUACAAGGUGCACUGGAGCGGCUCCGCGGCCGCGGGUGCCGCCAAGUCGGCUGAGCUGCCCUUCCAAAAGAUCGACGGGUCGAUGUUUGUAUACGAAUCCACCACGCUGGCGGAUAGCGAUAUCGUUGCCGACCUCGAAUGGCCGGACGCCCUCGACCCACGCCACACCUCCGCGGGCGCAGCCGCUGUGUUGAAGCCCAAGUCGGUCACGACCCAAAUCGCAGCCAGCAAGAUGUGGACCAAGAGCACCAGCAGGCGCGGCGGCUAUCUGCUGUCAACAUCGCUGCGCGUGCAGCCCACUCUGCCUCACGAAAUACUGAUUGGAGCGAGUCGCACGUCAUUGACGCCUGCGGAGAAGCGUGUCAGCAUCUUCUUCAACCCGCGGAUGAGGUACCAGUUUGCAGUGGCACUAGGAUCGGGUAACUACGUGGAGCUGACUGCAUAUUCGGAGUCUAUCAAGCUGCAACACAGCACGACUUUGACUUUCAGUUCAGCUGCCGAGUUCGCCAAAUUGGCCGCUGUCGUGGACGGGGUGACGAACCUGUCCGACCCGCUAGACCUGCAGAAAAGCGUAGCACGGUAUGCGAACACCGCCAUGCCUCCGAUACCAGUCAAGUACCUCAACUUCACGUGCCCGCAACCGUGUUCGCGUUCUCUGGAUAUUGUGGACCGUAGCCAGCUGGGCCAGCAGACCAAGACACUCAUCAUCAGCCAGUCGCCGGUAUCCAAGUUGCAUAUCAUGAUCACCGACAUCCCGGAUGUGGAGAACGGCGUUUUCGAGGAUUUAGACGUGCUUUCGAGCCUGGGAGGUGGCAUCAACUUGCUUUCGGUGAAGCGUCUCUACCGCGUGCACGCAGUCGCCCUCGACGGCGAUGGCGUCCCAAUGUCGUACGCCUCACUGAGCGGCCUCAAAUUCUCCGUGUGCAGCAGCAACCUCGUGAAGUUGGAGCACCCCAAGGACGUCGGUUUCAAGGCCAUUGGUGGUGUGAUGGUUAUCCAGUGCCUGGCUGAGGGCAAGUACACCGUCCGCGCUGAGAUCAGGAACUUCACGGGGACGACGGAAACACCCGAUGGCGUGCUGGUUUCGGAUUCCUUGGAAAUAACGGCGUACAGGGAGACCUCGCCGGUGCUGGCAUCAAUCUUGAUGAUGCCCAACAGUGGCGAGUUUCACCUGUCGAUGCUGGACGGCGCCCUGUCACGCUCCAUCCCGCUCCAGACCGCGGCGCUGGAAACGUCCGACGAAACGGUCCUCCAAGUCGUAACUUCAGGGCAGGUUGGUGUGAUCCGGGCAGUAAAGCCUGGUACGUGCACCAUGACGUCGUACAUCGCUGGCGGCACCAGCUCACCUUCGAAAUCGGUUACCCCGGUUACGGUCGCGAUGCCGUACUCCGUGGCAGUGAGCGGCCCCAGCCAGAUUCUGAACGGCAAGAGCGUGGUCCUGUAUGCGAAGGUUAGCGAUUACGGUGGCCGCCCCUUUACGCCAAUAUUCGUCCUCGGUUCAUCGGAGUCCGCCACCAGCUCGUAUUGCGCCUUCACCUGGAGCGUGUCGGGGCAUGGGGUAUUCUUGGAGGAAGGCGAACGCACCGCCACUGUAUCCGGUGCGGGACGCGCUCGCGUGACCAUGAUUGCGACGUCUGCGGGUGCGAUAACGGUAGCGCUGCGUGCGUCUUGUCGCAACCUAUCGGCAUCGGGGACGCUCGAGCUUGUGGCGCCGAAGUUCGCAGUUGAGAGUUUAGUUCCCUCGAGCGUGUUCGGUUCACACUUCUCGGAUCCGAUCAUACUGUCGCCCAACUCCACGUACGAGAGCCUGGUUGGCGUGGUUGAGCCCAUAGCGUCCAGCGACGUGGGCCUGCUCACGGUGGAUGGGACCAGCGGCCAGACCACGUUGAAGACCGAAUCGAAGACCGGGCACGUGCUGCUGAAGACGGCCGACAGCUACGUUACUCAUGUCCAGGUGCACGAGGUCAACCAGCUGCACGUGCACAGCUACGGCGUGCAGUCGAGUGAGAUAAGCGUCCUGAAGAGUGGCAAGAAGGAGCUUACCGUGCAACUGAAAACCAGGGACGGGCGGCGUAUACUGCCACCAGUAGAUUUGAGGCUGAAGUACAUGCUGAGUAACUCCUCACUGUUCAGAGUGACCUUGUCAGGCCACUCGAUUCAUGUCGCGGCCAACUCUGCUGAUGGAUGCUCGAGUCUCAUGGUGCUGCUUGACGAAAACGAUGAACAGUUCACGGGCACCAACAUGGUGGUGGACACCAUCCGUCUGUGUGUGGUGAACGCGCUGACUCCGCAGGACGCGCUGGUGCUCAAGGGUUCAACUGUACGCUUCCUCGCUGGCGACAGCAGGACGUUCAGCGUCCAAAUGCGGGGGGCGCCGCUGGCGCAUGCUUACACAUCUAUGGAGCAUCAGGAUACGCUGCAGUACUACCAAGAUGCAAUACUGUCGCGUAUGGAUGCGCUUAUGUCGGACCUAAAAUCCGACCUUUCGCGCGGUCUGAUUAACGUCUUCAGGGACAUUGGUCUGGAAGAGUCCGGUUGCGUUGACAGCCUGGAGAUGCAUCAGCCGUAUCUGGAAGCAUCGCAAUAUGUUAACGGCUUGAAGCCGUUGUAUGUGUUCCCGUUCUCGAUAUGCCGCGAGGUCGACAGUGCUACCUUCACUGCCAAGCUAACGGCUUUCCUGCAGGAGUUGGGCCGCUCAGCCGAUAGCGUCUUUUCCAUGAUGGAAGGUGGAGUCUCGGCGAUCUCGGAUAAUGCAACCAGCGGAACCGGUGUGAUGGGGAUGCUGCCAUCAACCAAGAGCGGUCAGAAUGCGACAUCCGGGGAGGGUGUCAAUGCAGCCCAACCCAGUGCUGUAACCGGCAAUUGGACAGUAGACGAGCCAGAUAUUCUGUCGGUAAGCGACUCACAGGGUGUGGCUCUGGCUGCCGGCAGCACCGUCGUCAAGUACAGCAGCGAGUAUAUGAAAGGCGAUUCCCGGAUAACAGUCUUCGAAGCCGUCACCAAGGUGGAAUACCAGCACCUGGCAGAUUCCGCAGUACGAGCGAAUGCGACGAAUAUGAAGCCGGUAUUUGGCACCACCAUCGCGUACAAGGAGUUUUAUGAGCCGUUUUAUGUGGUCUUCAAGGCUGCCACCGCUGGUGGUUCCUACCUGCACAACACCCUGCAGGUCGACUCUAGAGUUUUUGCAGUUUGUGAACUGGUUUCAAAGGAAACAUGGGUGAAGGAAGUAUUCGGUUCGGAGGCGACCUAUGUGGUGGGAUCGAGCGCAACGGAGUUUUUACCGGCCUGCCGGAUAUCCAUCCGUAGUUUCGGCGGUAAAACCGAGUGGAAUAAGAUGCGCAAUGUACUCAAGGGUGCGUCGGAAUCAGCUUACGGGUUGAAACUAAAGGUUGCUCUGUAUUCGACCCUGCCGUCAGAUCACAAACCACCCGCCCUCACGCCGUCAAAGCAGCAGUCGAAGAAAUCGACGGCUACCGACGCGGCCGCCGCCCAGCCGUUAUGGGUAAGCCUCCGCAAGGUGGACGCGCUGCUGUCAGAGCAGUCGUUCGAUUGGAAGUUGCCCGUGUUCGCUCAAUUCGUGGACUCGGUUGGUAUCGCAAUUAGUGACGUUUCGGUGGAGCCAGGUAAGGCUGUCGCCAUUUCAGUAUACCCGCAUUACUCACGGUGCAAGCUGCGCGUGGAUGGCUCGCAUUACAAGCUUCGUAUCACCGAGCACCAAGGCCUGCUCUGCAGUUUCGCACUGGAGAACGAUGGUAUCGUCGAGCCUUCUAGUGUACAGCUCGUCUGCCAGAGGACCGUUGCAGCCACCCUGAAAAUUUCGCAUCCUUCCGUCGCGCGUCUCGAAGUACCGACUUCGGUCGUCACGACGGAGGUGAGGACGACGUACGGCGUGGAUUGGAUGCUGAUCGUGUUCACGGCCUGCCUGGCCGCCGGUCUGGCCUACCUGAUUUACACACUCCUUCACCGCCCCGAUAUCAGAUACUACGAAACCACGGAACCCAUAAAGAUCGAGCGCCGGUUGCCAAACGUCUUCGAGAAGCUGUACCAGACCGACUACCACGGCUCGACGUCUUCCACCAGCGUGCAAUACCAACACCGACGACGCCUGUAG